AUGGCGCAUGAGCAGAAAGGGAACGGCAUUGUCAUUGCCUUCGAUCUCUACGGCACUUUGCUGUCGACCGAGUCCAUAUCAAACCGUCUGGCAGAGAUAAUCGGCUCGCAGGAGGAAGCCACCCGCAUUGCGGCGUCAUGGAGAAAGUACCAGCUUGAAUACUCAUGGCGACUGACGUGCAUGGGAUACUACGAGGACUUCUUCAACAUCACCCGCAACGCGUUGGCGCAUGCGCUUUCGGAGGCAUCGGUUCGCCUGGAGGAGAAACAGAUCGACCAGCUAAUGAGCGAAUACGAUCACUUGUCCACAUUUCCCGACGUCACGCCAGCUCUACAAAAUCUAAGUAGUACUACUACGAGAGCAGACAUUGAAGCCGUCAUCUUCUCCAACGGCACUCAAGAGAUGCUCUCCAAUUCCGUGCUUCGGUCCGCCAGUCUUUCGCCCCAUGCCGCUCUCUUCAAAGACCUGGUUACGGUACAAGGUAUUCAAAAGUACAAACCGGCGCCCGAAACGUAUCAACACCUGGCGACGCAGACAGGGAAAAGCGUGGAUAGGAUAUGGCUAAUCUCUGCGAAUCCGUUUGACAUUGUCGGGGCGACCAAAUGUGGCGUGAACGCUGCGUGGCUUGAUCGUGCCAACAGGGGCUGGGAAGACGCUGCGGUGCCGGCGCUGCGACCACGAGUCAUUGGGACGAGUCUGGCUGAAGUGAUAAAAUCCAUUCUAAGCCAACUAAAGUGA